GCAAGAGGUUUAAAUUAAAGAUAUUUCCAACAAAAAUUAAAUACUCUAUGCAGAAAAAAAACGAAAAAAAAAAAGAAAAAAGGAAGGCCAACCAUAUUGGGUAACUGAAGAUAAGUGAAGCCCAAAGCUGUGUGACAAGAUUUUAAAUCCAUGGGCGAUAACCCUUUUUGUGGGGGACGGCCCUGUCCCAAGGCGGUCACCUUGGGCCUCAAAUUUUGAGGCCCAUAGAGGAUGGAAAAAAAAAAUUAAGUUAGGGCAUGGCUUGGUCGGCUUGGGCCUCAAAUUUUACAGGCCCACAAGGGAUGGGAAAAAAAAAAAAAAAAUUAAUUUAAGUUAGGGCAAGUUUUCAGACGACACAAUCUGCUUCGACACUCCGCAGGACGCAGCCUCCGCUCUCGGCUCAGGCUCAGGUGACACCGUGACAAGGUCUUCUGUUGCAAUGAUCAAUCAAUCACUGCUACUAAAGUUGAUUCCUCAUCCUGAAAUCAAGAAAGGGGACACUCUUCUUAGGAUCUCGUGAGGUUAUUUGCCUUGAACAUGAAUCAAAUCACUGCAUAUUGAGGACACUCUUCUUAGGAUUUCGCGAGGUUAUUUGCCUUAGAACAUCUACUUUGAUAUGGAGAUGAAUUUUGAUUUUUGUGACUAAGUUGUGUUGAAUAUUUCCUUUUAAUUUUUUUUGAUGUAAACUGGAUCGUGCUCUUUUUAAAGCACCAAGGCCGGAUAUUCUUUUGUUUGUUUUCAACAUUAAUAUAUUUUAUGUUCUUAUCAUCUCAUAUUACUGAAAAUUCCGCAUUCUUAUAAAUUUUUUGUGCCAUAAAUUUACUGUUAUUAGUUACCUGUCUUAUGCAUACUGCACAGGCACACAAUUAUUUAUUGGUGGUGAUAAAUUUAUAGUAAUUAGUUAGUUGUUUUAUGCAAUCUGCACAGGUGCACAAUUAUUUAUUGGUGGUGAUAAAAAUUUAUAGUUAUUAGUUAGUUUUCUAAAACACACUGCACAUGCGCACAAUUAUUUAUUGGUGGUGAUAGAUUUAUAGUUAUUAGUUAGUUGUCUUAUGCACAUUGUACAGGCGCACAAUUAUUUGUUGGUGGUGAUAAAUUUAUAGUUAUUAGUUAGUUGUCUUAUGCACAAUGCACAGGCGCACAAUUAUAUUAGCUAUAGAAUUUGAAAACAUCAUGUGAAAAAUCCGCACUCUUAUAAUUAUUUUUGCGCGUGUGAAACUUAAGGGCCUCACAUUUGAAAGUUCAUUAUUAUUAAUUUGACACAGAACUCAGAAGAAUGAUAUACUUGUCAUCCAGUACAUGCUUACAGACCACAUUGAGAUAGCUUAUGCAUCUUCGACUUUGCUUGUAUACUGAAAAUAUUGAAAGAGCUUUAGAAUGAAGCUGCUAUUUUACAUGAGCCGGGCAUAUAUGUUUUUUCUUUUAACUUACUACUUGUUCUUUUCCAAUUAUUUUUAGGUUCCUUGUAGCCACUAAUUCAAGUAUGCAAAGAAUAAAGAAUCUUCUAUCUCGAAUGGUCAACUUAACCACUAAUUCCAGUGACUUAAACACUGAUAUUAAAAGGGAGAAAUUGAAGGUGGUUAAUAACUCCGAUGACUUCAUAAGUGCACUUCCUCCAGAAGUCAUGGAAGUUAUACUUCAGAAGCUCAACAUUGUGGGUUUUCAUUGCUUUAGUGCAGUUUGCAAGAGUUGGAGGUCCAUUGCGGUUACUGCAAAGCACCAUCAACACUUCUCUUUUCGACAGCUUCCAUGGCUAAUGCUAUCCACCAACAAUAGUUUGCGGGAUGAUCAACAAAGGUUUUUCAGUCUAAUGCUAUCCACGAACAACAGUUUGCAGGAUGAUGAACAGAGGUUUUUCAGUCUGGAUCAUGGAAAAAUUUUCAAGCUGAAUCUGCCUGAGGUUUGUCAUUGUAGGUGUUGUGGUUCUUCCUGGGGGUGGUUGAUAUUGGCAAAUAGGAGUGGAGACAACAUCCUUUUCAAUCCAUUUUCGAGGCGUAAGAUCCAACUUCCAUCCCAGACUACACUUCCUGUUGCUCAAUAUAUUCACACUCUUGGUGGUGUUAUGGAGCAAUGGUGGAAGGGUCCAUCAUUCAUCCGGAAGGCCAUGUUAUUAUCGCCUCCUGCAAGUGAUAAUGAUGGAAAUAUUGUGGGUGACGAUUGUAUUGUUGUCGCUAUUUAUGAAUUGGCGAAGUUGUGCUUUUGUAGACCAGGGGAUCAGGCUUGGACUGGUUUUGGGAACGAGCAUCUCGGCGUUAGUUUUGAAGAUAUGAUACUGUACAAUGAUCAGUUGUACGGUGUUACUGAUGAGUAUGAUCUCGUGCUUAUUGAGUUGGAUCCCCAACCAAGGGGCACAAAAGUGACCAUGCCCUCCCCUGAUGGCCAUGAUCGCCAUUCUCAUCCUGAUUCGGAGUUCAUUUAUUUGGUUGAAUCUUGUGGGGAGCUUUUGAUGGUUGUGAGACACUGCAGGUAUCCUACAGGGAAUGGAAGCUUUCCCCCUUGCUUCACUACUGCAUUUAAGGUGUUCAAGUUCGAUUCAAGUGGUCCUCGUUGGGUUGAAGUAGACAACUUAGGUGAUCAGAUGCUAUUUGUUGGCACCAGCAGUGGCAUCUCCUUCUCUGCAAGCCUCUUCUCAGGAUUUAGGGGAAACUGCAUUUAUUUUACAGAUGACAAUUUUUGGAAUAUAGUUAUUAUAUUUGAAGGUCCAAAAGCUUGUAGGGAUUUGGGUGUAUUCAGCUUAGAUGACGGGAGUAUUAAAUCCUUCUUUCCAACUGGCAGCCAUUCAUCUCUAUGUCCUCCUGUAUGGUACAUGCCGAGUCAUUUGUAGGGUUGAUACAAGGAAAUAGAAGAUUCGUACUUGUUCGUGUGAAUCAAAAACACUAAGGGGUAGUUUGGUAAUGUUUAUGUUUAUGUGUGUGUUUGCUAUUUUUUUUUUUUUUUUUGAGUUUAAUUAUUAGCUUUUAAAAAAUAUUAAUAUGUUUGGUAAUUUUCAAUUGUUUUGAGAAUUUUGAAUACCAGAAAAGUGUUUGGUAA